AUGCCCCCUCGUUUCCUUCAGGCCGAUGACAUCCUGGCUCCGAUUGUGUGUUGUAUGUGGACGAGCCGAUACCUAUCCUUCGUGUGUUACACCUUUGCCGCCCUUAUCCUGAAUUUUACCGUGGGAAACAGAGCCAUUCAGAUUGUUUGGAAGUACCAGUACUCCUUCUCCACUUCUCUCCUUGCCGACCUUGCUUACAUGGGUGGGCUUUGCCUGAUCAGCAUACUCUCUAUGGUUCCCCAGACAUAUUUAGUGCACUGGGAUGGAAAAAAAUGUACUUGCCUCGAUACAGGUCUGCCUUACGGAAUUCUGGUGUCCCUUUACACGGAGACCUUCGUGCGUUUUGGUCUGACUGCGGUCAUCAGUGUCGUCAUCUUGAGUGCCUCCUGCUAUAAAAUUAUCAACUGGUUGCUCAACACACCAGCUGAGCAGCUUUCGGACACGUGGAACAUUCUAGCUCUUCCCGGUACUACUAAGGAGCAGAUGGCGGAAUUCAGUAGAUCCCAGGGUUGGAUAACUGCGACCCUCUGUACUGUCCCACUUUCGGUGACUUUUCUAACAGUCAGUAUUGUAGAAACAGGCUACAAAUUCUUGUGUGCUCUGGGCUUCUGCACUGUAUUAUUCAGCUCGGAAAUUUCGAGAGUAACGUCACUUUUGCUGGAUAUUCAGAUGCUCGUCCUGCCGGUUGUACUCGCCGUCUAUAUUCCGGCACUGCGAGAACUACCCGUGCGUGCCUGUAAAGCAGUCUCCUCGUUAUGUCAGAGGCUAUGCAAGCACGCGUGGAAGAACACGGCGAGGUGA